AUGGGCGCGCUGGUGUCGUGCUUCGACUGCUUCCACCCGCGCGGCGAGCGCCCGCUGUCCGACGCGGAGAGGCAGGAGGUGGCGCACGCGCGCGGCAGAGCUGCGCAGGCCGCCGAGGACAGGUGCCCGCGGGGGUGGGGGGAAGGGAGGACGGGGAGGGCGGGUGGGGGGGAGAGGAACAGGGGAAGGAAUGGGUUGGGGCGAGGGGGAAUUGGGGAAAGGAAGGGGAUGGGAGAGGGGAAAGGGCAUCACCAAAAUU